GGCUGUCAGUAGGACGCGCCGGAAGGAAGCCAGCUGUGGGGGAAGGGCUGUUUGGGUCCGGUCGGGCUGGGGUAGGCGGCGGCCAUGGGGGUCCCCAAGUUCUACCGGUGGGUCUCGGAGCGGUAUCCCUGCCUCAGCCAGGUGCUGAAGGAGCAUCAGAUUCCAGAAUUUGACAACUUGUACCUGGAUAUGAAUGGUAUCAUCCAUCAGUGUUCACACCCUAAUGAUGACGAUGUUCACUUCAGAAUCUCAGAUGAUAAGAUCUUUGCUGAUAUUUUUCACUACUUGGAAGUAUUAUUUCGCAUUAUUAAACCAAGAAAGGUUUUCUUCAUGGCAGUUGAUGGAGUGGCUCCAAGAGCAAAAAUGAACCAGCAGCGUGGGAGACGUUUUAGGUCAGCAAAAGAAGCAGAGGACAAAAUAAAGAAGGCUUUAGAAAAAGGAGACGUUCUCCCUACAGAAGCCAGGUUUGACUCCAAUUGUAUUACACCAGGGACUGAUUUCAUGGCCAGGUUGCACGAACAUCUGAAGUAUUUUGUAAAUAUGAAGAUUUCCACAGACAAAUCCUGGCAUGGCGUAACUGUCUACUUAUCAGGCCACGAGACACCAGGUGAAGGAGAGCAUAAAAUUAUGGAAUUUAUCCGAUCAGAGAAAACAAAGCCUGAUUACGAUCCAAACACAAGACAUUGUCUAUAUGGUUUAGAUGCUGACUUGAUUAUGCUUGGAUUAACAAGUCAUGAGUCACAUUUCUCACUUUUAAGAGAAGAAGUCAGGUUUGGUGGCAAAAAAUCCCAGAGAGCAUGUGCCCCAGAAGAAACCACAUUUCACUUACUGCACUUGUCAUUAAUGAGAGAAUAUAUUGACUAUGAAUUUUCACCGGUAAAAGACAAGAUUUCUUUUCAAUAUGACAUUGAAAGGAUAAUAGAUGAUUGGAUCUUAAUGGGGUUUCUUGUAGGCAAUGACUUUAUUCCUCAUCUCCCUCAUUUACAUAUUAAUCAUGAUGCGCUGCCACUACUUUAUAAAACAUAUAUGGCUAUCCUGCCAGAACUUGGAGGCUACAUUAAUGAAAGUGGGCAUCUGAACUUACAACGCUUUGAGAAAUAUCUUACAAAACUGUCAGAUUUUGAUCGUGAACAUUUCAGCGAAGUCUUUGUAGACCUAAAAUGGUUUGAAAGCAAAGUAGGCAAUAAAUACCUCAAUGAGGCAGCUGGUAUCGCAGCAGAAGAAGCAAGAAGCCAUAAGCAAAAGAAACAGAAGGUUCAGGAAAACUCCAUGUGUUUGGCUGCUCUAGAGAAAACUGAGGAUGGAAUUAUGACUUCUUCUAAAAAUGCAUUGGAAGAUGAACAAGAAGAUGAAGACCUGUUUGAGACUGAGUUCAGGCAAUACAAGAGAACGUAUUAUAUGACUAAGAUGGGUGUGGAAGUAGUUUCAGAUGACUUCCUCGCUGGUCAGGCUGAAUGUUAUGUCCAGGCAAUACAGUGGAUUUUGCACUAUUACUACCAUGGGGUUCAGUCAUGGAGCUGGUAUUAUCCUUAUCAUUAUGCACCUUACCUAUCAGACAUUCGCAAUAUCAGUAAACUCAAAAUCCAGUUUGAGUUAGGAAAACCUUUCAUGCCAUUUGAACAGCUUCUAGCAGUACUUCCAGCAGCUAGCAAAGAUCUGCUACCUAAAUGCUACGAGCAUUUGAUGACUAGUGAAGAUUCUCCAAUCAUAGAAUACUAUCCUCCAGACUUUAAAACAGACUUAAAUGGAAAACAGCAAGAAUGGGAAGCAGUAGUAUUAAUCCCAUUUAUUGAUGAGAAACGAUUGCUGCAAGCCAUGGAAUCUUGCAACAAGUGCCUACUGGAAGAUGAGAAGCAAAGGAAUACUCACAGUGAGUGCCUAAUGUACUGGUAUGACAAAGACACAGAGUUCAAAUACCUGUCACCAUGGCCAGAGAAGUUCCCUGCUAUACAAAGAUGCCACACCAGGUAUAAAACAAUAUCUUUGGAUGCCUGGCAUGUAGAAAUAAUCCACAAUAAGAUAACUAAAGUUAACACGAGCGCAUUGUAUUUUUGUGGGUUUCCUACUCUAAAACAUAUUGCACAUAAGUUCUAUCUUAAAAAAAGUGGGGUACAAGUAUUCCAGCAGAGCAGCCAUGGUGAGAAUAUGCUGUUAGAAAUCAUAUGUGACAAGGAUUCAAAAGAGCCGUCUGUAGAAAAUGUAGCCAGUUUGGUGCUUGGGAAGUCUGUUUUUGUUAACUGGCCACACCUUGAAGAAGCCAGAGUUAUUUCUGUGUCAGAUGGAGAAACUAAGUUUUACUUGGAAGAGCCACAUGGGACACAGAAGCUUUACCUGGGAAACACUGUGCCACCAACUAAAGUGGCGUAUGUUGGAGAGAAAGAACAGAACAUCUGGUUGAAAGAAGUUCAGGGGAUUUCAGAACAGUAAGUAGUUAGAAAAUUAAAUU